AUGGCAACAUAGGCGAGUUGUGGCAGAAGUCAGGAACACAUAUCAAGGACAAGGACAACAUAUCAGGCCACCCUUAACUGUAGGCCUGCUCUUUGGUUUCUCUCCAUUUGGCAUUAUUCCCAUAAUGCCACUGGGGGGAACAGCGCUGGGAUUUUUUUCCCCCUCGGAUGUCAAAGGUAGUCCUGUUCGUUACAUACGCAGAAGUAAAGAUAUCCUAUCAACUUUUUACCCGAGCGUAAAAGUAAUGGCUGUAAAACUGUUCAAAGUAGGGGGAAAUGCAUUGACGUUUUCAAAGAGAUGCCCCGUUGUUUGAAAAUGUCCAAAUAAUGACAAGGACACAUUGACAGCAUUAGUAGAAACUAGUUCAUGCUGUUUACAAGCCCAAAAAAGAGUCGAUUUGGGGCUGAGUAGUCCUUAAAGUUUGGAGAUCGAUUUGGCGAUCUAUAAGAUUCUCCUUCCUUCCUUCCUUCCUUCCUUCCUUCCUUCCUUCCUUCCUUCCUUCCUUCCUUCCUUCCUUCCUUCCUUCCUUCCUUCCUUCCUUCCUUCCUUCCUUCCUUCCUUCCUUCCUUCCUUCCUUCCUUCCUUCCUUCCUUCCUUCCUUCCUUCCUUCCUUCCUUCCUUCCUUCCUUCCUUCCUUCCUUCCUUCCUUCCUUCCUUCCUUCCUUCCUUCCUUCCUUCCUUCCUUCCUUCCUUCCUUCCUUCCAAUAAUGACAGCUCGCCCAGUCAGUUUGGUUCAAUCUUGCUUUAUGGAUGAUAUGUUUUUGCAGUGUCGCCUGAACUCAAUUUUGCUGCUGGUCAUUCAUAACAAUGUAACAAUUAUCAGCGAAGACCAGUGAAACCAGAAUAAACCGCGCAAGCCCGAGACGUGACAUGACCUCAGAUGACGGAAUCUACUUGGGCUCCUGAGAAGUUUCUUUCAAAGCUUAAGCCUACCCCUCCCUCACACAGUUCAAAGGUACUGAAAGAUUGCCCUUCACCUUUAUAAUGAGUCAAUAAAAGCCAAGUCAAACCUUGAAUAAUGAUUUCCAUAGACCACAUUAAGAAUGACAUCAUAUGACCAUCACGUUGUCUUACUAAUAUGUUUGCUAAGUAAGCAUGGUUGAACGUUAACGUGCGUUUGGUAAAGGUCAACUAUGACGACUGCUCCAGGAUCUGCUUGUGAUCCGUUUUUUGGAGGGUUCUUCCCCCCUACCAUUAGAUCCCACCUGCUAUUGGCUAGCUCACUGCGGGUGGGAGUGGAUAGUGGCGAGAUAAAAGAAGAGAAUCUACCUUGCCCUCUCCACUACACAGCCACCCACCUACUCAUAACCAUCCUCACUAAAAAUUAGACGUUUGUCAUUUUUAGAAGAACAAAAGGCGAGGAAGAGAACCACGGUCUAGCACUUUUGGAGCUUUUGGUGCUGGAAAUACAUACCAUGAACGCAGGAGAGUUCCGGCGUCGAGGAAGGGAGAUGGUCGACUUUGUAGCCGACUAUUUGGAGAACGUGGAGCAGCGGCCGGUCUAUCCGGACGUAGAGCCGGGAUAUCUUCGCUCCUUAAUCCCGACCGAGGCGCCGCUAGAACCAGAGACCUAUGAGGAGAUCAUGAAGGAUGUGGAGCGGGUCAUAAUGCCUGGGAUUACCCACUGGCACAGUCCAUACUUCUAUGCGUACUUCCCUGCAGCUUCCUCCUACCCGGCCAUGUUGGCAGAUAUGCUGUGCGGAGCCAUUGGCUGCAUUGGAUUCUCUUGGGCUUCCAGCCCAGCUUGCACCGAGCUGGAGACAGUGAUGUUAGACUGGCUGGGGAAGAUGCUGCAGCUGCCAGAGUCUUUCAUAGCCGGAACUUGUGGUCACGGAGGAGGUGUCAUCCAGGGCACGGCCAGCGAAGCGACCCUCAUGUCGUUGCUCGCCGCACGUUGUAAAGCUGUCCGUCGAGUCCACUCCAUGGACCCUGAAAAGUCUGAACAUGAAAUCCUCAUCAAAUUGGUGGCAUAUACAUCCGAGCAAUCUCAUUCGUCUGUGGAGCGAGCAGGUCUGAUCGGAGGCGUGACCAUGAAGCAAAUCCCCACAGACAGCACCACGUACGCCGUCACGGGUGAAUUGCUCAAGACAAUAGUGGAAAAGGAUAAAGAAGCAGGACUCAUCCCUUUCUAUUUCUGCGCAACGCUUGGCACCACUGCAUCAUGUGCGUUUGAUCCUAUUUCUCAGCUGGGGCCUAUAUGUAAUGAGCACAACAUGUGGAUGCACGUUGAUGCCGCGUAUGCUGGGAGUGCGUUUAUCUGUCCGGAAUUCCGGCCCUUGUUGAACGGCAUCGAGUUUGCAGACUCUUUCAACUUGAACCCACACAAAUGGCUGUUGGUCAACUUUGACUGCUCUGCCAUGUGGGUGAAGAAGAGGCAAGACAUGAUCGGAGCCUUCAAAGUGGAGCCGCUCUACCUCAGACACGAGAACCAGGAGUCAGGGCUAGUGACAGAUUACAGGCAUUGGCAGAUUCCACUGGGCAGACGCUUCCGCUCCCUCAAAAUGUGGUUUGUCUUUCGCAUGUACGGCCUCCACGGACUACAGGCUCAUAUCCGUAAGCAAGUGUGCCUGGCCAAGGAGUUUGAGAGUCUGGUACGAGCAGAUCAGAGAUUUGAGAUCUGUGCUGACGUCAUCAUGGGCCUGGUUUGCUUCAGGCUGAAGGGCUCCAAUGAGCGGAACCAGGAUCUGCUGAAGAGGAUCACAAAGAACAGAGCGAUUCACUUGGUGCCUUGUUAUCUGAGCGGACGCUUUGUCCUGCGUUUCGCCAUCUGCUCGCGCACCACCGAGUCUCGUCACAUUCGGGAAGCGUGGCGGCACAUCACGCAGCUGACCUUUGAGCUCCUGCAGGAUUCGGUUCAAUGACGUGGGCAAGCGAAAGAUGUCUGUUAUUAUUUUUGGACGAUGAUUAGGGUAACUAGAUGUUGCAGAUAGGAAAUGUCAAAUGAAAAACACACUAUUGCUAAUUUCAGGUGAAACAGCUGGUUUGCGCACACACACACAGACACACACGCGUACGCACACAAACCCCAAAACAAGUGUUUUAGCAAUGUGUGUCCUGUGUAAAAUGUGGGUGGUGUUGUGUAACCCUGAUCGACUAUCCAACUGAAAAUGGCGUCUCUAAUGAAUGUAUACAUUGUAAUGUAUUUGUGAUGAACUUGUCAGUGUAUGUAGUUCAUGGGCCAUUUCAGACAAUUCAGAGUGGUUAUCUUACAGAGCCCAACAUAGUGUUAUUUUAUUGAUGUGUCCGAUUUGUAUCUUUUCCCCAUCUCCUCAAUGCCACCGAAGGAAAUGGAUGCUGUCAUUCUUAGUGUCUCAUCUGGCGUGCCCACGUAUGUGCAACUAUGGGCUUAUCAGAAUAAUAAAGUAUAGCGUUGUCAGCGAAAA